AUGAAUUUAAAAUUAUGUAGGAGUUUUACGACCAAAAUACCACCGUGCGUUUUCAAUCCCGUUACUUAUUCGGGGCCCUCUUUUGAAAAAAUACUCAAAAUCAGGUCGGAAAAUUUGGCGCCCUGCAUAAAACAUCAUUUUAAAAAUCCGAUUCUUAUUAAUCAAGGAUAUAUGCAAUGGCUUUACGAUCACGAAGGAAAAAGAUAUUUGGAUAUGUUUGGAGGUAUUGUAACCGUUAGUGUUGGACACUGUCAUCCGCAAGUAUUCACAUUUUCGAUCUUCUUUGGCACACGACAAAUUAUUUAUUUACAUCCGAAAAUUCAUGAAUAUGCAGAAGCUUUAAAUAAAAAAUUACCAGGAGAAUUAAAGGUAAUCUAUUUCGUAAAUAGUGGAUCUGAGGCAAAUGAUUUGGCAAUAAUGAUGGCUCGUUUAUAUACGGGAAACCAUGAUAUUAUAGUGCUUAAAAAUUCUUAUCAUGGAGGUUCCAGCAGCACAAUAGGAUUGACAGCUCAAAGCUCUUGGAAAUUUUCAUUACCUACUUAUAACAUACACGCUGCUAAAAAUCCUGACGUGUACAAAGGAUUAUAUGGAGGACAAUAUUGUAGAGAUUCUCCUAUUCAAACUCAAAGAAAAUGUGAUUGUUCAAAGGAUCACUGUUGUGCUGCAGAUUUUUAUGCUGAUGAUGUUAGAGAAAUUAUUGAAUAUUCUACACCGAAAAAAGGAAUUGCUGGAUUUAUUGCUGAAUCUAUUCAAGGAGUAGGAGGAGCCGUACAAUUUCCAAAAGGGUAUUUAAAGCAGGUUUACAACCUUAUUCGAAGCAGUGGAGGAGUGUGUAUUGCAGAUGAAGUGCAAACAGGAUUUGGAAGAACCGGAAGUGAUUAUUGGGGAUUUCAAAAUCAUGAUGUUGUUCCUGAUAUUGUUACAAUGGCAAAAGGUAUUGGAAAUGGUUUCCCAUUGGCAGCUGUUGUAACAACGCCAAAAAUAUCAGAGUGUUUAACCAAAGCUCAUCAUUUUAAUACUUUUGGUGGUAAUCCGUUGGCAUCAGCUACUGGAUUAGAAGUUUUAAAUGUUAUAGAAGAAGAAAAACUUCAGGAAAACAGUGCCGAAGUAGGUACAUACCUCCUACAAAAGUUAGCAAAACUUAGAGAUGAGUAUGAAAUCGUUGGAGAUGUUCGAGGAAAGGGAAUGAUGAUUGGUGUAGAAUUUGUUGAAGAUAAAAAAACAAAACAACCUUUGAAUCCAAAUGCUUUUGGAAAUAUUUUAGAACAGUGUAAAAAUUCUGGAGUUUUGUUUGGCAUAGGAGGCUUUAAAGGAAAUGUAUUGAGAGUUAAACCGCCGAUGUGUAUAAAUAAAGACGAUGUCGAUUUCGCGGUGGAAAUUUUAACGGAAUCCAUUAAAAAUUGUAUGACCGAAAUGAAAUAA